CUGAUAUACAAAUAUCAAAAUAAAAUUAACUUUUAGCAUUUGCAUUUCUCAGUCCUUACUGACGGUUGGUAUACGACAUACAGCUGUUCAUGCUUUACAAAAGGCAGUAUUAACUGUAACCAUAGUGUGCAAUUUGUUUAAGUUCAGUGCAGACAUCAGAUUUUACAGAAGUGUUAUUGUAGUUCGGAUAUUAUGACAUGCCACAUGACCUUGUCUAAUGCUCCAAAGUCCAAUCUUUAUGCUUCCUAGCAGACUGAAGCUGAAGCCUUACCUUUAUUAUGAGUUUAUCUCUCUGGGGACAUUGCAGAUGUACAGAAAAACGAUGAUGUCAGCGCAAGAUUCCAGUAGCCCUCAGAAUGCUCCCAGUACACCUGAUACCGUCAGCACUUCUUCUUCAAGAAUAAAGGAGGAGCUUCAUCCUUGCUCAGUAUGGAGUUUUACUUCCCCACCCGUAAUAGAGAAGCCAUAUCACUGCCCAGACUGUGGGAAGAGUUUUAGUUACAAGAGGGCUCUCCAAAGACACCAGAGCUUUCACACAGGAGAGAAGCUCUAUCACUGCUCGCAGUGCGGCAAGAAUUUCAACUGCAAGACCGCUCUCCGAGAACAUGAGAGCAUUCACACAGGAGAGAAGCCGUACCACUGCUCGGACUGCGAGAAGAGUUUUACUCGACUGAGUAAUCUACGCGAACACCAACGAAUCCACACGGGAGAGAAACCGUUCGUCUGCUUGCACUGCGGGAAAAGUUUUACUCAGAGGAGUAAUCUUAAAACGCAUCAGCGAGUUCACACCGGAGAGAAGCCGUAUUGUUGUUCGCAGUGCGGGGAAAGUUUCAAACACAAGUCGACUCUCCAGGUACACGAAACCGUCCACACGGGAAAGAAGCUCUAUUACUGCUCGCAGUGCGGGAAGGGUUUUAAUAGGGAGUGCCACUUUCAGAGACACCAGAGCGUUCACACCGGAGAGAAACCAUUUCAGUGCUCGCAGUGUGAGAAGAGUUUUACUCAGCUGAGUAUUUUACGCGAACACCAACGGACUCACACGGGAGAGAAACCGUACGUCUGCUUACAGUGCGGGAAAAGUUUUACUCAGCAGAGCAAUUUACUAACACACCAGCGCAUUCACACGGGAGAGAAACCGUAUCGCUGUUCGGAGUGUGGAAAGCGCUUCACGAAGACGAGUCAUCUUAAGGUCCACCAGCGCAUUCACACCGGGGACAAGCCGCAUUACUGCUCGCAGUGCGGAAAGGGUUUCAUUCAGAGAAGCCAUCUCGAGGCACAUGAGCGUAUUCACACAGGGGACAAACCGCAUCAGUGUUCGCACUGUGGAAAGGGUUUCACUCAGAAAAGUAACCUCCGGCGACACCUCCGCAUCCAUACGGGCGAGAAACCGUACCACUGCUCGUGGUGCGGGAAGAGUUUCACUCGCCAGUGUGGGUUACAACUGCACCAGCACAUUCACAUGGGGGAGAAGCCUCAUCCCUGCUCGGACUGCGGGAAGAGUUUCAGUCGAAGAAGUGACCUCCAUCUCCACCAGCGCACUCACACGGGGGAGAAGCCGUAUCACUGCUCGUUGUGUGGCAAGAGUUUCAAACGACUCGGUGCUUUCCAGUACCACCAACGAGUUCAUACAGGGGAGAAACCCUUUCUCUGCUUACUGUGCGGGAGAACAUUCACUCACCAGUGUACCCUCAAAACACACCAGCGCACCCACACCGGAGAAAAGCCGUAUCACUGUUUGGAGUGCGGGAAAAGAUUCACUCAACCGGGUUAUUUGAAAAUACACCAGCGAAGCCAUACAGGAGAGAAGCCGUAUCAGUGCUCGCAGUGCGGAAAGAGUUUCAACCAGGGAAGCAAUCUCAUUUUACAAAUUCAUGAGCGCACUCACACAGGAGAGAAACCGUAUCAGUGCUCACACUGUGGAAAGAGUUUCAGUCAGACGGGUCACCUCCUGCUCCACCAGCGCAUUCACACUGGGGACAAGCCAUACCGCUGCUCAGAGUGCGGGAAGAGUUUCACUCAGAAAGGUAACCUACAGGCACAUGAGCGUGCUCACACAGGAGAGAAGCUGCAUCACUGCUCACAGUGUGGAAAGAGUUUCAGUCAGAGUAGUAGCCUCCGACGACACCAGAGCAUACACACCGGGGACAAGCCACAUCAGUGCUCGCAGUGUGGGAAAAGUUUCGCUCAGAGCACCCAUCUCCAACGACACCAGCUCGUUCACACGGGCGAGAAGCCGUACCACUGCUCACACUGUGGAAAGAGUUUCACUAGCCAGCGCAGUUUAAAAACGCACCAGCACUUUCACACGGGACAAAAGCCGUAUCCCUGCUCAGACUGCGGGAAGAGUUUCACUCGGAGAAGUCACCUCGAGCUCCACCAGCGUAGUCACACAGGCGAGAAGCUGUAUCACUGCUCACUGUGUGGGAGGAGUUUUAAUCGACUCGGUGAUUUGCUUGAACACCAUCGAAUUCAUACGGGAGAGAAACCGUUCAUCUGCUCGCAAUGUGGGAAACGAUUUACUCAGCGGCGUACUCUCAAAAUGCAUCGACGUAGCCAUACGGGAGAGAAGCCGUAUCAGUGCUCGCAGUGCGAAAAGAGUUUCACUCGGAGACGUGCUCUUCGGCAACAUCAGCGCGUUCACACAGGAGAUAGCUGAGUUGUGUUGUUUACUUAGUAGAUUUUGUCUUGUAUACCAUCCUGUUUAAAAAGGAGGGGGACAUAUGGGUUUAAAUCAGCAGCUACUUACAAGCAUUUGCUUUCGUAAUUGCUGUGGCAAUUAUUACGUUUCAGCUCACAACACUACUUUAAACCGUAACUGAUUCAGUGAGCAGCGCCUCAUUUCUUACACAACCAUGUCCGAAGAUGUAUCCCUGCAUCAAGCAAAGACAACAACUAAGUAGAUUGCUGAAAAGACUGGAAAUGGCUUAAGAACUGUCCAAUACAUUGUCAAUUUCUGGAAAGUUAAACCAUCAGCUUCAUGAGGGAAAGAAAGUUAAACCAUCAGCUUCAUGAGGGAAAGAAAGAAAAUGUUGUUGAAAAAAAUCAUAAAUGAUUGGAGGAUAAAGACUUGGUCUAGUGACCAGAAGGUCCAGAGUUCAAACCUCGGAACUUUAAAUAUCUAUUAUAUAUCCAAGCUUGGAUUUAUAAUCAGAUAAAAUGUAAGUCGAUCCGAAUAAUAGCUUCUGCCAAAUGUUGUUAAUGAUUUCACUUUGGAGCAAUCAAAGAUGUUUAUGUUGUCUGAUGAGUGAGACUCUGAAGGCAGUGUUAUGAUCUGUGGUUGCUUCAGUUGCUCAGGUCUAGGCUCAACAAC